GGAUCAGUGUGUAGGGAGGGCAGUCAUCACGCCAUCCUGAGCAGCAAGAGCUGACGUUGGACGAAGCUGCCAGGUAGCUGAAAAAAGGCACAGAAGGCAGCUGAUACUCACUUUUCAACGGUUUGUGUUUUUUUUAGUCUGUAUCUGGACUUCAAGCAACACAGCGCCUGAGACAGCUCAUCUGAACCACACUGUAUUGCAAUACUCGCUCUACUCAAAGAAAAAGACUCCACUGAGCAGCAGAAUGCUGCCAGUGUCGCAGCUAGGGCUACAAUACAGAGCCUUUUUGUAACAUUGCAAAUUUCUUUCUGUUCAGAUAUUUGAAAUACAUACAUACACUUAUAUAUUAGUUCUUCCUUUUUCGAGGACAACUUUGGCUUUUUUUUUUUUUCACCCUGAUGUGACUUCUUCAUCUUGGAAUGAUGGGGAUCUUUCUGGCUUAUAUUGGAUUCAUUUUCUUUUCAGUUAUGUAUAUUCAACAAGGACUUUCUACUCAAGCAAAAUUCACAGAGUUUCCCCGAAAUGUCACGGCCACUGAAGGGCAGAAUGUGGAGAUGUCUUGUGCUUUCCAAAGUGGCUCUACUUCGGUGUACCUUGAAAUCCAGUGGUGGUUUCUGCGGGCAGCUGAGGACCAAGAGGCUGGAGCUGAGGUGACAGGCACUCAGGUGGAGCUCCUGCCCGAGCGGGACCUGGACAGCGACGGCACCAAGAUCAGCACAGUGAAAGUACAAGGGAAUGACAUCUCCCACAAGUUGCAGAUUUCAAAAGUGAGGAAAAAGGAUGAAGGCUUGUAUGAGUGCAGGGUAACCGAUGCCAACUAUGGAGACCUUCAGGAAUACAAGGCCCAGGCAUUUCUCAAAGUCAAUGCUAACAGCCACUCUCGGCGAAUGCAAGCCUUUGAGGCAUCCCCGAUGUGGUUGCAAGACAUGAAACCUCGUAAAAAUAUCUCAGCAGCUGUUCCAAGUAGCAUCCACAAUUCCGCCAAUCAGCGUGUACGUACCACCUCCAGCCCCGAAGCAGCAGCCAAAAUUCCCAAACAAAGUCCACAAUCAGGUGCGAGGAUAGCUACAAGCCAUGGACUUUCUGUCCUGCUUCUUGUUUGUGGCUUUGUGAAGGGUGCUUUGCUUUAAUCUAAAAGUGCUGACUUUUUCCAAUAUCACUUUCUCUUCUUAAAGCAAAGAGCAAAUCGCCUGUAAAAUCCACGGAGCGGACAGCAAAGUUGACCCUAACCUCCAACCACCACUCUGCACCCAAUGUACUCUAAAUCUCUACACAAGGAGCACCUUCUUCAGGAAGUACAAACAAAAUUACUAAAUAAAUAAAUUAAAAUUAAAUAAAUAUAAAAAAGAAGAGGAUACCACAUGUUUUCUUGAUAUACCUUAUUUUCUUUGGCGUAUCACUGAUAUUUUAUUUGAAGAGAACUGGUGUGAUGUAAUCAAGCGUUUUGUAACAGCAAGACCUAGUUUCCUUUUCUUUCGGCAAGGAGAAGCCUCAUCCUUGACUUCUCAGGGGUUGGCCUGCGAGUCCUCAGUAUUACAGAAUUAACCAUGGAUGACAUUUGAUUUCCUACGCUGAAAGAACCGAACCGUUCCAGCCUGGAAGCAAAAAGAGGCCAAAUAAUGAAACAAACCAUAGUGAUUUAACAUAAAUAGAAUACACAGAAAUUUUAUCAAAAAGCCUUUUUUUUUUCUCUUUCUUUUUUUUUUUUGUGAAGAAUAGGAAGGAGAAAAUAUAUUGUACAAAGGAGCUCAGCAGACUAGGGAAUAUUGUUUCAGAGAAACCUUUCAGGAUAUUUUACUUUUGAGAUUUUUUUUCUUUUUGCUUUUCAAUACAUUAUUCUUCCCCCCCUUUGGGAAUUUUUCCUGUCUUUCUGUUUAUUUCUUGUUCAAUGGUGGCAAGUACCAACUUAGGCCAACCCCUGAUGACUAUGUGGAGGUUUAUAUAUAUACAUCCUUUUGUUUGUGUGUGCGUUCUAUAUUUCAGUGUGUUUUCUCUAAUUUUGCAACUCCUGUAUAUGCAAAACUAACUUAAAUUCUGUAAAUUGCUUACAGUCUGUGUGAUAUAACUUCAGAGUAGACAUACUUUGGUCCUCAUGCAAGUCAGUUUUUAAUAUUAUCUAUAUGUCGUGCCACCAAGAAACAUCUUUAUUUCCUUUUUUGACAAAACACCACUUUUUAGUUUGUAAUUCCGUAAUGUGUGGAUUUUGUAAUGCAUAUCUUCACUUUGACUGGUUUGACCCCCUUCAGCCCUCUGUUUACUCUGUAAAUGCACAUUAAAAUUUGUUAUGGUCUCUAGACAAUGAAUUAUUUUAGUUUGUAUGUUGUGUUGGAGUUCAGAUGCUGAAAGCUCUUUGAACUUGAUGUUUAUAGAAGAUGAAGUGAUUCAAUCACUAGAGACUGUAAAAUGCAGGUUUGCAGUUAAAUACUGCAUGUAAAAGAAGGUUAGAAACAGAAAAGAGACAAAUAAACCAGAACAUGUCUUUAAGGAUGUUCUUUUGGUUAAGAGUUUUAGGGAAGUGAAUUUAUUACACUGAUAAAAUAUAUUUGCAUCACAGCUCUUCUACAUGGCCAAAGAAGUGUCUUUCUUUGCUUUUUCUGAAAGUGGAUUGUCAUUAUUCAUUGAUAUUCUUAAUUAAAAUACUUUUUGUCUGUGAA